ACUCGAUCAGUUCACAAUCGGACGUUGAGAAGACCAACACGUAUCAUUGCUCUGAAGAAAUAUUGUUUCUUCUUGCCACAUUUUUUAACCGAUUGAUCCUUAAAGCCAUGGCUUCCACUGUUGAAAAAGCUGCAGCUCCUGCUCCUUGGUGUGGUCGCGAUUCUAAGCCUCGCACCUUUGAGAAGCACUCGCCUGUGGUUUGCUAUGAUAAACCAGAGGCUUCGAUUGUUUCCAAGUCGGAAUACGACGAUAAGCGCUUCAAGGCCCUGACUGGCGAUCUGGUGGAGACUUUGGUGGUUCCCAAGCGGGAGGCUCGCACCUGGACAAUGAAGGCGGGCGAUUUGUGCCGCAUCACUGUCCAUGAGGGUUCCCAGGUGGGCGACAUGAACUUCUGGAACCUGGAGAACACCGCAGAGCGCUUCUAUUCGGGCAAGACGCGCCAGCUGCACUCGUCGCAUCUUAACGUUUAUGAUCGCCUAUGGAGCUGUCUGCCAUAUCUUCGCCCAAUGGCCACCUUUGUGUUCGACACUUUAGCCGCCUACGGAAUCGAUGAGGAUGGCGGUGCUGUGCAUGAUGUAAUUGGAACGCGUUGCGAUGACUACACCUACAAGCUGAUCACAGGCAAGGAUCGCGUGGGCAGUUGCCACAGUUCGCUGGUCAAGGCGGUGGUGGAGGAGCGCGGUUUAAAGGAGAAGGACGUGCACGAUGUGUGGAACAUAUUUAUGUGCACUGGAUUCACCCGGGACACGCAUCAGUACUUCUGCAAGCCAAGUCCCGCUCGCAAGGGGGAUUUCAUAGAAUUCGUGGCCGACAUGAAUCUUCUGGUGGCCCUCAGUGCCUGCCCCCAGGGCGAUGUCUCCAUUCAGGUGGGCGCCGAAGUGCCGGACGAGAAGUGCCACCCCCUCAAAGUGGAGGUGUUCCGCCGAAAGUAACCAGACUCAUUUGUAUUCCUCUUGGAAAACUUGAUUCUAUACGAUGUGCCAUAUUACAAUGUGUAAACAUUUUUCUUAGAGAUGAGGAACAGUUGCAACAAAAUAGUGACGAAUUUUCUUCGCUGUUAUUUUAGCAUACUGUUGCCAUACUCUUAAAUACAAAUAUAUUAUUAUCAACUACAA